UGCCCGCUUCCAAGAUGGCGGCGGCGGUGUCCGGCGCGCUCGGCCGGGCGGGCUGGAGGCUCCUGCAGCUGCGGUGCCUGCCCGUGUCUUGUUGCCGACUACUGGUGCCACGUGCCUUCCAUGCUUCAGCUGUGAGGCUGAGGUCUUCAGAUGAGCAGAAGCAGCAACCUCCCCCCUCUUUUUCUCAGCAUUCUGAGACACAGGGGGCAGCAAAACCCAAUCCAGAGUCUUCUCAUUCAUUCCCCAGGUAUACAGACCAGGGUGGCGAGGAAGAAGAGGACUAUGAGAGUGAGGAGCAGCUACAGCACCGCAUCCUGACGGCAGCCCUGGGGUUUGUGCCCGCCCAUGGGUGGACUGCAGAGGCGAUUGCAGAAGGAGCCCAGUCUCUGGGUCUCUCCAGUGCAGCAGCCACCAUGUUUGGGAAUGAUGGUAGUGAGCUGAUACUGCAUUUUGUGACCCAGUGCAAUGCUCAGCUCAGCCGUCUUCUGGAAGAAGAGCAGAAGCUGGUACAGCUGGGCCAGGCAGAGAAGAGGAAGACAGACCAGUUCCUGAGGGAUGCAGUGGAAACCAGACUGAGAAUGCUGAUUCCGUACAUUGAGCACUGGCCCCGGGCCUUGAGCAUUCUCAUGCUCCCUCACAACAUCCCGCCCAGCCUGAGCCUGCUCACCAGCAUGGUGGAUGACAUGUGGCAUUAUGCUGGGGACCAGUCCACUGAUUUUAACUGGUACACCCGCCGAGCAGUGCUGGCUGGCAUCUACAACACAACAGAACUGGUGAUGAUGCAGGACUCGUCCCCAGACUUUGAGGACACUUGGCGCUUCUUGGAAAACCGGAUUAAGGAUGCAAUGAACAUGGGCCACACUGCCAAGCAGGUAAAGUCCACUGGAGAGGCACUGGUGCAAGGACUCAUGGGUGCUGCGGUGACGCUCAAGAACUUGACAGGUCUAAACCAGCGCCGGUGAGAGGAAGGGGUGGAUGAAAACGAGCAGAUAGAUUGAAAGGGCUUUGAAAAGUAUGAAGUGCCAUGCACGUAACAGGGUGUUAAUGAGAACAAACUGAGACUCCUGAGUCAUUACCACAACCACUUGGAAGCCACAGGGCACUUGAUAACAUGGUUCUGGCUUAGGAUUGGGCCACUUCUUCAGUUCCUAAUGCCAGGCCAAGCCUCCAGAUGUCUUUCCACAUUGCGAUUGGAAAAUGAGACUGCUGUCCAAGCAUUCAAGCCACAGAAACCCAGCAUGUUCCUGUCAUGGUCUCACAGUCACCUUGAUCAUGUCUUAACCUUAGAAAUGCUCUUGGGUUCCUAAGCCAGAGUCAAAGUAGCCAAAGCUACUGCAAGGUGUCACCUCAUCCCCAGCACAGCACAGACAUGAGCACACAGAGGUGAUCCUUGCAGCUCCUUCCCUCUCAGCUGUCCUGAGAUGCUGCUCCUGGGAACCCUCUCAGAAAGCUGUCUCACCUGAGACAGGUGCCUGCUGGACAGUGAUGCUUCCGUUUGGCGAAAGGUGUGAUCCCAGUCCUGGUGUCACAUUUCACCAGCAUGUGUUGUCGGAUUAUUAGUGUAUUUAGAGUUCUGUAAAAUAAAUAAAUAAAUAAAUAUGGUUGAAGCAGU